GUAGAACUCUUUUCAGUGUCAUUGGUUUGGUUGUAUUCGUUCAAACAUGCUAAACCUGCCACAUCUGGUACAGUACAGUUUUAUGGAAUUACUAUGGAAUUGCUAUGGAGACUGAAAUUACUUAAAGAGAAAAUGUAAAACUGUAGUUUAAAUGGAAACUGCUUACAAGUGUGAUAUUUCUACAAGUGACGGCAAUGAGGAAGUGGGACAAUCUGUCGACAGCACUGCUGCAAAUGAUGCCACUUCACACUUCAUGUCGCAGGAUAUGUCAACGGCACUUGGCUCAUCUGCUGCAGUGCAGAGUGCCGAUGUUAUAAACAAAUCCUCGGAUACUCGUAGCAAAUUGUUGGACUCGAUAAUGACGGCUCCCACACUUUUCUGGACCAGCACAAUGCCAAAGGGUCUUUGUGAUUCGGGUGCUAGGAGUCAUGUGCCGACAGGUUACAUACAGAUCGAGGAUCUGCAUGCCAUGGCACAGGCCAGCCUGAUCGCACAGACACAAGAGAUCAUAUCAAAACAGCUUGAGUCAGAGGCUGUGCAACACAGGACAAAGGUAAAAGCUCAGCCAAUCAAAAUAUACUCGAAUGGUAUUAAAAGUUACACUAAAGUGUUAUCAUCCUCAUCCAGUCCGAAGAAGUUUCAUGAUGCAUCACAAAGCAGUGUCCGGUCUCUACGAUGUCCUUAUAAGGAUUGCAAUCGAACCUUUUCUUGGCCAGCCCACUUGAAAUAUCACCAGCUUACACAUACAGGUGAGAAGAAUUAUGCGUGUGAUCAUGAUGGCUGUGGCAAGUCAUUCUACACCAAACAGCGGCUCCUCGUCCACUCCAGAACCCACACUGGCGUCAAACCGUUUGUGUGUACAGACCCCAACUGUGAGAAGUCGUUCACCACGGCACAGAAUCUGGCAAAUCAUCAACGUAUUCACACGGGUGAACGUCCAUAUGCUUGUGACUAUGAUGGAUGCACCCGAAGGUUUGCAGAAAUCUCAAGUCUUCGAAAGCAUAGCCUGACACACACUGGUAAAAAGCCCUUUCCUUGCAAUAUCUGUGGGAAAACCUUCACACAGAGCGGGAGUCGGAUGGUUCACUGGAAGCGACAUCAGUUGAACAAAUCGACAAGUCGUAAUCAGAAUGUUAACAACUGUCAGAAGGCCACAGUGGAGUCGGGAAUUUUAGUCUUACAGGCGGGAGUCGACAACAUUUCUCGGUAUCAAGAUAUUCAAGGGUCAGACUCUGUCGUCUUCUCUCAGAGUUUGUCCGAUAAUGUUGUUACAGUCAGCACAGGGUCAUCGGAGGUCGAUUCCAACCACAUACAACUUUCACAAGAACUGCUUCCAUCUCAAGUUAUGAACUCUGGUUCUCAUCAAACCAAUGACUUUGAAUCUCAACACAAGGCAGUUAGCUUUGUUUCACAACACAAGGGAGUUAACUUCGUUUCACAACAUGAGGGAGUGAAAUUCGUCUCUCAGCACAAGGGAGUUAACUUUGUUGUACUGUCUCAGCCACAGGAAGUCAUCAAUCUUUCAUCAGCCCUGCAGCAGAAGAGUGACCAUGGAGGGCCGACAAAAGAGAUAGUGUUUAAAAACGAAUUACUGAUUUCUGAUCUAGACCAUGAGGAAAUUGCCCAGUCGGAAUUCAGUCUGCAGGCCUUAACGAGCUCCGAGGACGGAAAGGAAAUUCUCACAGACAGCCAUCUUGUCCCGCAGGAAGUGAGCGAGGUGAUUGUGGGAGAUUGUAUACAUUCUGAAGAACGGGAAAGUGAGACAAGUGAUACAGAUGGUCUCAUGUCUCACACAGACAGAGAAAUGAAUGGAGAUGACCUAAUGUGUCAUACAGAUAGACAAAUAAGUGCAGAUGGCCUGUUGUCUCACAGAGAUAAUGAGAUGAGUGGAGACAAUAUCGUAUCCCAUGCAGAGAGUGAGAUAACUGUGGGGGACUGUAUUACUUUAGAAGGGGAGAGGGACAGUGGAAGGAGCCUUAUGCCUCAAGAAGAGGGCGAGACCUGUGUUAGUAACAGUUUUACAUCUGGAGGAGACAGGGACAUUAGUAUUAGAGACAAAAUGUCGCAAAGAGAUAGUGAGAUGUGUGUUAGAGACAAUGUCAUGUCUCAGGGAGAUAGUGAGAUGAGUGUUAGAGACAGCCUCAUAUCUCAAAGAGAAAGGGAGAUGUGUGUUAGUGACAGCCUCAUGUCUCACAGAGAAAGUGAGAUGUGUGUUAGUGACAGCCUCAUGUCUCACAGAGAAAGUGAGAUGUGUGUUAGGGACAGCCUCAUGUCACACAGAGAAAGUGAGAUGUGUGUUAGGGACAGCCUCAUGUCUCACAGAGAAAGUGAGAUGUGUGUUAGGGACAGCCUCAUGUCUCACAGAGAAAGUGAGAUGUGUGUUAGAGACAGCCUCAUUUCUCACAGAGAAAGUGAGAUGUGUGUUAGAGAAAGUGAGAUGUGUGUUAGGGACAGCCUCAUGUCUCACAGAGAAAGUGAGAUGUGUGUUAGGGACAGCCUCAUGUCUCACAGAGAAAGUGAGAUGUGUGUUAGAGACAGCCUCAUGUCUCAAGAAAUGAGAGAGAUCUGUGUUGAAGACGGAAUUCUCGCGCAGUCUGUAAUGAACAGUCAGCAGAGUUUGUCGGAACAUGGCAAUCUGUCCAGUUCAUCCCAGUCUGGCAAGGAAAUGGUAAUGGAUCCAAUGAUGGAAUCUGAUGAAGAAGGAGAAAUGGCUGUACCAACCGGAAUCCAUGGAAAGAACGGCCAUCUUACUUAAAUACAGUCAAAUGUUGUUGUCUUAAUCUCUCGUUAUCUCAGGUAGAGCUGGGUGGUAUUCAAACUUCAGGUUCGGUAUCGGUAUCAGUAUUUUGGGGGUGCUUUACCCCGGUAUCAGUACGGUAUUUGGUAUUGAUACAAUACUGAUACCGAUAUCGAGCAGUAUUUUUGGUAUACUCUGCUUUAAAAAGCAUGCCCGAGUUAAGUCUCUCCUGCUAAUUUCAUCAAAAUAAAAUUAAAGUCCAUACACAAGGCCCUCAUCUCUCUUCUUUUCAGCUAUUUUGCAUUUGUCAGAUAUAAUGUUAGUGCUUUACUAAAUGGUAGAUAAACAUUUUCAAUACAGAAAUUUCAGUAUUUUGAAAUUUGCUCAGUACGGUAAAUCGGCAUUGACAUAAUACCGAUAACGAACGGUAUAUAUGGUAUACCACCCAGCUCUAAUCUCAGGAUAUUUCGAGGCACAAUUCUCAGCAACAGCUAGUGUGUUUAUCUUGAAACACCAGGAUAUCAAGCUUGUUGGUUUGGUCACUUCAAGAUAAAAAGUUGGACUGUAUAUUACUCAAAAUAUAAGCACAAUGAAACUCCUCUAAACAUCUAGUUUUAUGUAAUUCAGGUUUUCUGAGGGUCUAAUUUUGAGAGGUUUCACUGUAUAUAUUAAUCAAAAUUAUUACUGCAAGCAGAAUAAGAUUAUUUUUUUAAAAUUAUUUUUUAUUUAUUUAUAAAUAUUAAAAAAUAUACGUACAUUGGACAGCAUUAAUUUUUAAAAUCUUGUCUAAAUUAUACCUUCCAUAUUGUACAAGGCAGAAACUUUUAUGCCAGUAUUUCAUAUACUAAAAUUAGUUUACUAAAAAGAAAUCUUUUAUGUUAUGAUCAAACUUAAUUUAGUGGUACAUACAUUGUAUAAUUAGGUCACUCUGACAAACUUAUUUUUCAUGUAUUACUGUUAUUUUUACUCUCGUUUUUUUUUCUUUGGCCAGUGUAUGCUUUAUAAAGGUAUUAAACUUGAAAAAAUAUUUAUAAAUAAAAACUGGGUUACCAAUAUGACAAUUUCUUGUAUGACAUUGUGUUCUUACCCAAUUUGCACCAUUCUUUUGUUCAUAUUCUUAAAUAUUAUUUCACAACUAUGAACAUUUUAUUUGUAAAACUGCAUUCACAUAAGGUACUCUGAUUUAAAAUAUUUGUGUUUAUGUGAUGGAUUAAAUGUAUUGCAUAAGUAUUGUCACAUUUUAUAAAUAUUUUGCUAUGUAAUUAUUUGAGCUACAUAGUUCAUUAAUAAAUUAUUAAAGAUGUA